GCUGCGCCCUAAGCUACACGUUGUUUGUAUAUUUGUAGCGCAAUGUCUGCGUAUCCAGGCAGCUGCUCUUCCUGUCAGAGGGAUGGAGAGGGCCAUGGGGCCGGGGAGCUGUGCUGUGUACAUGCAGCUUCAGGAGUGCGAGAGACUGUGGAAGAGAUGGACUUCCAAAGAGGUAGCCACAGUUUGCUUUCUUAGGCAGUGUCUAAAGUUAACUGAUUGUUCUUUAUGCCAUUGUAUGCAUACAGCUUUUUACUGCCAUAUUGGUAACCUUGACACUGCUGCUUUUCCUAGUUGCACAUUCCGGGUAGCUGACUGACCAUUCCUAUUCUGUACUAUUAUUUAUCAGGUAUAUGGGCGGCUGCAUUAGAUGGAGACACUGACCGAGUCAGGCGUUUUAUUGCGAAAGGAACGGAUCCCAAUCAGCCAGAUAGAUUUGGAUACACAGCGCUGGUAAGACCCCCUUUUUUGUAAUGUAAUGAUGGUAAAAUGAAUCGUUAUGUCUGUUUUACAUGAUCCUCCUGGUAGUGUAGGGGUUAAAUGUUCAUUAAGGUGUCACGAGCUGGGUAAUUAUUAUUAUUAUUAUUAUUAUUAUUAUUAUUUAUAUAGCGCCAACAAAUUCCGUAGCGCUGUACAAUGGGUGGACUAACAGACACAUAAUUGAGAUCAGACCACUGACGUACAGGAACAGAGGGGGUUGAGGGCCCUGCUCGAUGAGCUUACAUGUAAUGAUCAUAGACCAUGCCUAAACUGUAGAAAGUUUGCCUUUUAUUAAACGUAUUACAAUUACAAAUUCUGUAAGUGCACAUUACAAAGUCAUUUCUGGUGCUCAAACGGCUACAUGCUUCUACACACUUUUUGGCAGAAGGGGGGAAAAAAAAUCUCUUGGUUUUAAAGUGUCACUGUCACUGGCUGGGGACUUUGCAUAAUUCCUGCUGGUGGUCCAGGGGACUGGGAAAGGUUAGAUUUAGCUACCUGAACCUGUCCCUCGCAGGCGCUUCCAUCUUCUUCAGGCAGGUCCUCUUUUGCUUCUGGUGCUCACGCACAAGAGUACAGCAUUGAGGUCUAUGGACCAUCCACAGCUAAUAUCUCUGCGUCUGGAAUAUUGACAUUUAUAGAUGGCAGUAGUUCUGCUCGGUGUGUAGAAGUGUCAGGCAUAGAAAAUCUACUGGGACAACGUAGGGACUGCUUUGUCUCAGUAUAUCUUUUGACUGGUUUGGAAGUCUGAGCGUUUUUAUAAAGAUUUUAGCUUUUAUGAAAUACAAAUUUUGCAAGGGGAGGGGAUACAACCAAAUUGAAAAGCGAAUUGGAAACAAUAGUUAUAUUUUUAAUUAAAAAAAAAAUUUAAAAAAAAAAAAAAAUAUAUAUAUAUAUAUAUAUAUUAUUAAUAAUAAUAAUAAUAAUAAUAUUAUUUUUAUUUUUUUUUAUGAUGCACCAUACUCUGCAGUUCCUGACUACAUUUACAGCCCCUACCAUACCUCUGUACAGUCCCUAUCACUUUCUUUUACCUCUACACUAGAGCUGCUAUAUCCCUUUACACUACUGUCCCAUCCUACCACUAUAUAAUGAUAGGAGUCAUGCUGUACCACCUUAUUUGUAUAGAUCAUUAUCAAGGGGAGGGGGAUGGAUGGCACAAUUUUAUUUUCUUGUCUCAGUCACAAAGGGAGCUUAUACGGCGCUAUUUGAAAACAAUCCACAAUUGCACUCUAGUCACAGCUUAGCUUUUGUGAAUGUUGCUGUUCAGUUUUUAGUGUACCAAUAAUCACUGUUUAUAUACUUGCAACAUUAUUCACUAAACCAGAAACUGCUAAUUUUAGUCAGAAUUGUAAGAAUUCUUCAACUGUUAUUUUUCCAUCUUGGCUAUUUAGAACUAAAAUUUGCAAUUUCUGGUAUCUAUUCCAAGUUUAUUGAAUAACUAAAACACUGCCAGCUUUGGUAAUCAUGAAAAGUGUAAUCUUUUGUACAAAUGUCUCUCUUACUGUCCCUUCUCAGCAUUACAGCAGCAGGAAUGGUAACAUCUUGGUUUGCAGUCUUCUCUUGGAUAGUGGAGCAGAUAGCAAUGCUCAAACUCAUGGCGGCAGCACACCAUUACAUCGUGCUGCAUAUUGUGGGCACAUCAAGGUUGUACAACUUCUUCUUGAUCAUGGAGCUGACCCAGCCAGGAUGGACUCAGAUGGAAGGACUGCUCUUCAUAAGGUGAGUGAUCAGUCUUGAGGCAGAGUUGGGUUCUAAAGGGACACUAAAGUUGCCUGAGCAAUUACAGCUUUUUGUAUUUGUUCUGGUGAGAAUAAUCAUUCCCUUCAGGCUUAUUGCAGUAAACAAUGUGUUUUCAGUUUUUUGUUGUUUUUUUUUUAAAACAUUAAAGCCUAGGGAUACCUCCAAUGGCAACUCCUUAGAUGGCUACUAGAGGUGUUGCACAGUGUGCAGUACUGCCAUUCAGUGUCUCCACCCUCUGCAUGGAGACCCUACACUUUCCUCAUAAAGAUGCAUUGAUUCAAUGCAUAUCUAUGAGGUGAUGCUGAUUGGCAAGGACUCUGUUUGGCUUGUGCUGUGUAAGUCACAUGCAGGGAGGUUUACCUAGGGUUGAAUAAACUGUUAUUUGCCUCCUAAAUGGCAAAAAUUGAACAGUGAGACUGUAGAGGCAUGAUAUAUACACCAAAACUGCUUCAUUAAACUAAAGUUGUUUUGGUGACUAUUGUGUCCCUUUUAAGAAUAGGGGUAACCUAAAACCUAUAAAACAUAAAAAGUAUAAUUUUAAAAAAAAUGAAACCAUGGUUCAUUUAACUACAAUAAUUAAUAAAACAUCACUCUCUAAAAAGUAUGAAUAACUUGAGACUAGAGAUUAACCCCUUAAGGACACGUGACAUGUCAUGAUUCCCUUUUAUUCCAGAAGUUUUGUCCUUAAGGGGUUAAAAUGAAUUGCAGUAAACAAAAACAUCUUGUACCUUUUAAGCCAUCCAGAUCUAAGACACAUAUAAUUAUUUCUUACUGACACACGGCAUCUAAUUUUAAAAAUAUACCAAGUGCAAUAUUUAAUCGCAGAACUUGCUUGGCAUGUCAGAUUUAGUGUUUGAGUGACAUUUAUUAAUGGGAAAGCCUUUUGGUAGUGGUAAAUUUUAAGUUUUUAUAGUCCUUUAGAGUUGACUAAAAGAACCAGCUGUAUAAAUCCUUCCAGAUAUGGCCAGACAUGUGAAGCAAAUGUAAAAAAAAAAAAAAAAAAAAAAAGAGGGGGGACAAAUUACAUUAAAUGUUCAUAUUUGGUUUUGUGUGUUUAAUCAUUUUCUCAAACUAAUGAAAAUGAAAUUAGGAUCUCCCUUUCUGCCACACUCUAGUUGUAGAUGCAGUCACUUUCAGCAGUAUAUAAGGUUCACUGCGCUGUUCCGUGUAGUGGAGAUGGCAAGUUUUUCCACCAGUGUUUUGGCCUUCUAAUCUAAUGUGGAGAGUGAUGGUGGUUGGAAUAUCCUCCUUUAGCGCCCACAUGCGUUUGGGCUUUCUCAAUGGUGCUCAAUAUCUCCUUGGUUUAACUCUUAUUUAAAGCCGCCGAGCUGCACUAUUAGUAGCAAUUAUAACAAUUUGCUUAAAACACUUAAACUAUAAAUCAAAAAUUGUUCUACUGUGUUCUUCUUUUUAUAUACAAGAUUUCAGUAAAGAGAUUUAAAAAAAAAAAACAACUUAUUUUAAGAGCUACUUUAUUACACUGGUUACCAUGGUAACACAUGCUUAAUUUCUAAAAAAUACAUGAGACCCAAGCUGAGCGAUUUUUUUAAAAAGUAUGGCUAAGUGUACUAAUUACAUUGCAGAACAAAUAGGAUAAAGGGUGGAGGUGCUGAUUCUAGACUUCCAAAGCUAAAUGCAUGGCAAAUCCGUGGUUCAGGUUGCCAUGGUAACCUAUCGUUUGGCUAAAAUACAAGAAAUACUGAGGCGAUAACUGUGAGUAAUAAGGUAUUCUGGUUAAAAUGACUUCAGAUUUAUUUUUUCUCCCUUGAUCCAAUCUUAACAUCUGGGCAAUAAUUGUUUAAAUUAGAGAAGGGUGCCACGGAAACACAAUACUUUGGAUUGCUACAGUGCCAGAAUUUAAUUUUCUUGGAUAUUAUAAGUCGGAUACUAUGAGGGAUGAAAUAGAGUUAAGAGAUAUUGCGUUUAUAUAGGCUUUCACUAAGCCUUCUUCCACGUGAAAAGUACUAUGUUAAAAAAAAAAAGUACUUACUAUAAAUGGUAAUAUAUUGUAUCUAUGGCAAGUUAGUGCUGUAAGUUGUCAUAGUAACAAAACAAGGUAUUGCAAAAGGGGAAGGGAAGUAUUAUGGCUAAUAAUUGUGGGGGAAGCUACUAAUAAGGGAAAAAGUAUAUGAGGAAUGUUAAAUAAUACCCAAGAUUGCUAUUGAUGAUGAUCUAAGUGGAACAGAAAAGGCCUUAAAGGAGCACUAUAGGGUCAGGAACACAAACAUGUAUUCCUGACCCUAUAGGGUUAAAACCACCCUCUAGCCCCCCUUGCCUCCCUAUAUAUAGUAAAACCUUACUUGUAUUCAAGCCUGAAGCUGCAGGCUUUGUCCCAGCUUCCUUGUGACUUGCUCACUGUCUGUUGACAUCAUCAGAAGUGGUAGCCUGAUCCAAUCACAAUGCUUCCCCAUAGGAUUGGCUGAGACUGACCAGGAGGCAGAUCGGGGCAGAGCCAGCACGAUACAAACACAGCCCUGGCCAAUCAGCAUCUCCUCAUAGAGAUGAAUUGAAUUAUUAUUUAUAUAGCGCCAUCACAUUCUGUAGCGCUGUACAUUGGGUAGACUAACAGACAUGUAAUUUUAACCAGACACUUGGAUGUACAGGAACAGAGAGGUGGAGGGCCCUGCUCAAUGAGCUUACAUUCUAGAGUAAAUGGGGUAUAGUGACACAAAGGGUAAUCAAUGAAUUUCUAUGAGGAAAGUUCAGUGUCUGCAUGCAGAGGGAGGAGACACUGAAUGGAUGCAUUUUAGGCAGCCAUAACCCAGGAAUGAUCUCUAACAGCUAUCUGAGGAAUGGCCAGUGACGUUAACACUAGGCUGUAAUGUACAGUGUUUACAGCAAAAAGCCUGAAGGUAAUGAUUCUACUCACCAGAACAAAUUCAAUAAGCUGUAGUUGUUCUGGUGACUAUAUUGUCCCUAUAAUAUCUGCACAUUGGUAUAUGGACUGGAGUUUGUUCAUACUUGCUAGUGUGGUAAGAGAUGAUAAAAUCAUAUUAAUGCAGUACAUUGGGUUUUACUGAAGAGCUUCAAGGAACACUUUAGCGUUAGGAAUACUUCUUUUCAUUCCUAACACUAAAGUGUCCCCCAUCCAUGAAAGGGUUAUGUAACUCUUUCAGUCACUUCCCUGUUUCCUGUGCUGGGUCGUGUUCCUUCUUUGCUAACACCAGAUGAUUUUUUUUUUUUUGGGGGGGGGGGGGACUACCUUAUAUAUGGCAAGUGCUGCGCACAUUGAAUCAAUUCUUUCCUGUGGGGUUUUGCACAGCGUGAGGAUGUUUUAGUGUUGUUUCACAGAGUCAAACUCUGUGAAACUGCAGGAAGCGCCUUUAGUGGCUGUCUGGUAGAUGGCUACUAAGUGCAGUCUUUUUCUCUAAAACUGCAAUUUUUUUUUAUUUUUUUUACAUUGUAGGGUUAAGGUACACUGGAUCUAGGCCUCUUCAAUGAGGAGAUGAAGUGGUCUGGGUGGUAUAGUUAAUUGCUGUAUGGGGAACACUCAAAGCGCCAUAGUGCUUAUUGUGCCACUGCGCCCCCACCUUUUUCAAUGAAGUCUUAACUAUUUUAGCGUGGUUUGACUUCUCACCUGGGGUCUGCCAGUUACCCUUUUUUUUUCCUUCACUACAUUUUAUAGGAAGAGUUGAAAGCUCCUAAACAGGAGCUUUGGUUAUGAACAGACAUGGUUGUCCGCAGGGGGGGGGGGGCACUUUCUCCCCCCCUGGAUUUUUCAGCUUGUGCUGCUAUUUUUUGUUUGUGUGAUUAUAAACUGCAAUAUCAGUAGGUGGCGCUGUGAAUGGAGAAAGGAAGGGAUAGGAAGCUACAGAUUUUCCCUGCUUCUUUCUCCUGACUGCAUCCACAGGGGAGCAGCACAGAGUGUAGCCUACAGAUCAGGUAAGUGAGGGAUGGGGGGGGGAGACUGUCUACAGAAAGGUAAAGAGGCAGGAGGUGUCUGCAAGGAGCAGAAAGGGAGCAAAGGGGCGCAAAAUAAGCAGAAGGUAGCAGAAAGGUAAAGGAGCCAAAGAGGAGAGAAGACCGUGUCAGAAGAAAAAUAAGACUGUGUCAAAUGGAGAAAAAAAUGAGAUUGGUGCAGGAAGGACAAGUGAAGUGAUCCCUCCACUUUAUUCUCGACACCACAUCAUAAGUCUUUGGUACCUGGGCCUGGAAGGAAACCUUGGACCUUCUCCUAUCCCCAGGUAAAAAACAGAUCAGUGUUAAUGUGUUCACUUUGAUUUACUGAGUGUCAGGAAACCCGGGGUGCCGCUGAUUGGCUACAACGGUCAGCUGGCACUCUAAGCCAAUUAGUAGCUCCCCAUUUAUAAAAACUUAAAAAUAAAUUAUGAAUUGGGAACUAGCGAUUAGUUUAGAGCGUCAGCUGACCACUCUAGCCAAUCAGCAGCACCCAUGCCUCAUGUCAAUCUGCACUUCCUGACACUCCGUUUCAGAAGCUGAAUACCACUGAGCAACCUGGAGAUCUGGAGCUGGAGGAAGCAUUUUGGGGUUAAACCAUUUGAGAGCAGUUUAACCCCUUAAAGGAAAGAGCACCCAGGGGCCUCCUGGCAUCAUAGCAUUUUCAUUAAGAUUACAUUAUGGUGACCAGAAUGUUCCUUUUAAUUUGCUUAAAGGAACACUAUAGUGUCAGCAAUACAAACCUAUAUUCUUGACACCAUAGUUGUGAAAACUCUAUUCACCCUGGCUUUAUGUGAUAAUGACUAUGCUCCUCACCUUCAUGACACUGUCAAAAAGGGGCCAAGCAUGGAUGUCAUUACAAUUCUGCCCCCUCCUAGAAAAAUUCCUGCAGCCGGCCAUGGGAACAGAUGACCUCUUUCAGCCAAUGAGCAGUGCAGAACUUAGCUGUUAGCUUCGUGGUAGGAAGUAAAGGAGGUGAGGUGCGAUGACCAGCAGACCCCCGGUAAGUAGUGAAAAUAUUCUAAAGCGUGCUGUAUGGUGCUUGGACUGUACAUUUAAAUGUGGCCCUGUCGUAGGAUGUCGCAUUUGCCUAUAUCGACUGUAAGUGCUAUUUUUGGAAAGUAGAACCAUGUAAGCACAACAACAGUCCAGUAAUGAAACUCUAGGUGACAAAGCGUGGGAAUGGUGAGUGCUGAAGCAGGUAUUGUGCAAAAAGUGCCUAUCAUCUGUUGUCACUCACUGGAGCAGGGCUAGGCAACCUUUAGCACUCCAGAUGUUGUGGACUACCUAUGUCAUACAGCUGUAAUACUGGCAAAGCAUCAGGAGAGAUGCAUUCAUUAACAUAUGGAGUGCCAAAGGUUGCCUAUCCCUGGAUUAGUGUUUCAUAUUGCCUCAGGAAGCAACAUCAGCACGAAAACUGUGCCUCAGGAACCUUGUGAAAUGGUUCUCCAUGGCAAAGAAGCUGCAGAAAAGCCUCACCUCAACAUGCACAAUGUGUCGGCUCACGUGUCCUAAAGCACGCUACCACCGGACCCUGAAGCUGUGGAAAUUUGGUGUGAGGAGUCAUGCUUUACUAUCUUGCAGUUUGAUAGAACAAUCAGUGUGGAGGAUGUCAAGUGACUGUGAUUAACAGAAAUACCUAGGGCCAGACUUCGACAAACAUGCAAAAGUGUGGAAAUGUGCAGUUGGCUAGUAAAGACCUAUAGCAUCCUCUUAUUCUUUCUGGGGAGACCUCUGAUUUCCCCAGUUGGCCUUGGCCCAUGGCUGUCUUGGUUUGGCAUUUGGCCAGAUUGCCCAUUGAUCAGUCUGGGCCUGAUUGGACUUACUAUAAAGAUUGGUGGAGGAAGGAUAUGGGUUGGGCUAAUAUUUAGAUUAAAAUCUUAGCCUUUUAGUUUGCCACACUGGAACUAAACAAAUGGGUACUUUCACCUUUUGUGGCAACCGUUUGUGGAAGGCCCUUUCCUGUUACAGCAUGACUGUGUGCAAAGCAAGGACUAUAACAACACUUUUUGACAAAUUGAGUGGUCUACACCUAUACCUUACCUCACCACACAUGGUGUUUUGGUUGAAUGAGCACAAACCCGCAGAGACUCCAUACAAAAUUAUGUAGAAACCCUUUCCAGAACAGUUACUUAUCUUAUAGCCAUAAAAGGGGCCAAAUUCCAUAUGAAUGCCCAUGGUUUUGGAAUGGAAUUUGUAACAAGCUUAUAUAGGUGUGAUGGUCAUAUGUUCACAUACAUUUGGUGUAUGGUUUAUAGCUACCAGUUUUUCAUAUUUUAAUGUUUUGUCUUUAAUUGUUCGUGGAAAACCAGUAGUAACUUAAAGGAGCAUGUCCAAUAAUAAGUGAUAGUGUCAAGAAAUAGCAACAGAAAACACCUAGCAUGUGACCUGUAAAAUGACACAAUAAUUAGUAAAUAAAACAGUUUGAAGGUGUUAAGUGGCAAACACAAGAACAAUACAGUAUACACAGUGCCCCCUUCACUAAUUCCGGUGGAGAGCUGGAAACCUCUCCUAAGUGGGUGUUUCAUUAGCUCUCCAAAUUAAGACCUGCACUGCUGGGCUUAGCUCAGAUAGAGAGCUUCUGGCACAAGUAGUGUAUCUGGUUAGUGGUGCCCAGUUUACAUCAACUAAGCAGUAACAAUAUUCUAAAGCAGUGUGACUCCUUCUGUGGGUUGACAGUCCUGGAAUAUAACCAUUACGAGCUGUAGUGUUUUUGGUGCCUCAGUAUGCAUCAUUUAUUUUACUUCUUACGGUGGUGGCUGGCUAGCAAGAGCUCGUUAGCUGCCCCACACUUAAACCUCAGGCCAACAAGGGCCUCCCCUCACCCCCCUCUUUUGCUUUAAGCGACAUAUCACAAAAGUACACAAGUAAGAAAUCUUAUUUAUAUUAAAAAAAAAAAAAAAAAAAAAUCCUUUUUAAACUACCGGUAGUUCCUCACUGUCUGUUAGUAGGCAAAUGAUUUAGGGAUGUGCAUGGGGAAAAUUUUCGGUUUGGGACUUCGGCACUUCUCUUGCAGCCACUUAGUAGAUAGCUCCUUAAUUCCCACGGUAUUAGGGAGUUAUCUACCAAAAGGCUGAAAGACCUAAAUUGGUCUUUCAGCCAAAUUUACUAAUCUGAAGUAAAAAUUACUUGGUACUAGUAAAUUAUGCCCCUACUCGCUAUACCAUGAGUAGGGGCAUGUCUAUUAAACAGUGAGCAGCCAACUGCUCAGUUUAAAAAACAAAAAAAAAAAAACUUAAAACUCCCGAGCCCUAAAUCAGAAAGGGGGAGGAGACCUAUUGUCCGCCCCCACCCCUGAGCGGCAGGGGGGCACCUAUUGUCCUUCUCCCCCGGCCCCCACCACUGAGCGGCGGGUGGGGGCCCUAAAGUAAAAAGGGGGGACCUAUUGUCCUUCUCCCCCACCUCUGAGCAGCGAGUGGGGACCCUAAAGUAAAAAGGGGGGGGGACCUAUUGUCCUUCUCCCCCCCGAGCGGCAGGUGGGGGCUCUUAAGUAAAAUAAGAGAGGGGCCUCUUGUCCACCCCCACACGGCGGAUAGGGGCCCCAAAUUAGAAUAAGGGGGGGACCUAUUGUACUCACCCCUGAAUGGCGGGUGUGGGCCCUAAAUUCCAAUAAGGGGCGGGCCUAUUGUCCUCCCCCACCCCUGAGCAGCGAGUGCGGGCCCUAAACUAGAAUAAGGGGGGAAACUAUUGUCCUCCCCCCUGGCCUCCACCCGAGUGGCGGGUGGGGGCCAUAAAUACCAAUAAGGGGCGGACCUAUUGUCCUCCCACCUGGCCCCCAACCUUGAGCGGUGGGUGGGGGCCCUAAAGUAAAAUAGGGGGGGGCCUAUUUUCCUCCCUCCUGGCCUCCACCCCUGAGCGGUGGGUGAGGGCUCAAAAUUAGAAUAAAGGGGGGGGACCUAUUGUCCUCCCACCCCUGAGCGGCGGAUGGAGGCCCUAAAUAAAAAAAAAUAUACCCCCUAGUGCUCUGACGGGUAAAUGAAGGGACUGACGGGUAAGUCUCUACAUUUACCUGUCACAGCACUCUGGUUAGCUUGAAAUCCAGUCAAUCCGAGUGAUCUGUGUCAUUUUACAUAGCAUGGGAAAGUUCUUUGGAAUCCAAAGAACUUUCCCACGCUGUGUAAAAUGACACCGAGCACUCUGGCUGGAUUUCAAGCUAACCAAUCAGAGCGCUGUGACGGGUAAAUGUAGAGACUUACCUGUCAGUCUCUUCAUUUACCUGCCAGAGACCUCUGAUUGGAUGGCUUAAACCAACCAACCAGAGUCCUCUGAGCCUAAUUGCAGGGCGGGACAAGGCUUUAUAAGCCCUCCCCCGCCCUGCAGAUCUCAGUCUGCGCGGAGCCCUCCAUGGGUGAACAUGGAUUAUUUUAUUUUUUUUGUGCUGUUUUUUUUUUUUUGUUUUUUUUAAAGUGUGACAGAUAUUAUGGCUUUUUAUUUGGCCUUUUUGGGGGCUGAAAAAAGAUUUUAGAAGAAAGACAUGAAAUAUUAAGUUUUUAUUGAUUUAAUUUUUUUACAGGUUCCUAUUUAUUGGUCCCCCCUCACUAUUUUUACAGUGGGAGGGGGUAGGUAGGGGUUAAUAAAAAAAAAAAAAAAAUAUAUAUAUAUAUAUAUAUAUAUAUAUAUAUAUAUAUAUAUAUAUUUUAGGAAAGGACUCUUAGUCCCAGUCACCUGGGGGUUAAAUUUUUUUUAUUUAGGGCCUUCAUCUGCCACUCAGGGGGGAGGACAAUAGGUGCCCCCCUUAUUCUAAUUUAGGGUCUCCACCCGCCGUUCAGGGAUGGGAGAACAAUAGGUCCCCCCUCCCUUAUUUUACUUUAGGGCCCCCACCCGCUGUUUCAGAGCUGGGGGACUUUUUUUUUUUUUUUACAGUGAGCAGCUGCAGUCUGCUCACUGUUUAAUAGACAUACCCCUACUCGCAGUAUAGUGGUAUAAUUUACUAAUACUAAUUAAUCUUUACUUAGUAUUUGUAAAUUUGGCUGAAAGACCAAUUCAGGUCUUUAAGCCUUUUAGUAGAUAACUCCCUAAUGCCGUGGGAAUUAGGGAGUUAUCUACUUAUUCAUUCCUGUCAUUCCAUUGACAGGCUAAGUAACUUACAUUUUAUAUGAAUUUGUUACUUGAUUGUUGUAGGUGUUGCACAUGCUUACAGCUGAAAUCCAGUCAAUCCGAGUGAUCCUGGCUAUGUUUGUAUACUUUUUAUUUAAACCUGUAUACAGUGUAACAUUCUUCCACUGGGUAGGUAUAUUAGUAUUAGGGAACUAAGGCAAUUCAGCUAUUCGGAAGUAUCCAAAUGUCCGAAUUGACAUUGGGAACAAAACGAAUUGCACAUGUUUACAAAUGAUUCACAUUUCAAAUCUAGGCUUGGCUUUUAACUGUCUGGCAGCAUUUUGGUCAGCCUUAAAUCUGGACACAAUCCUAACUCAGCUGAAGGCAGAGUUGCAAAGUCCCAACAUUUAACUACUGUUCGCGAUAUUUGUACUCUAGUAAAUCAACCCAUCUAUGCCCUGCAGGAAAGCUUUUUAAUAAUGAGCGGCACAGACUUAUUCUGCUGCUGUGAUUAAGGCAUAGGGCACUGUGUUUUACUUGUUUCAGAUGGAGGAGAAAUGGAAAUAAGGGAAGACUGAUACUGUUAUUCAUUUAAGAACCCUGGCUGCAGGCCACAGGGAAGAGGAGUAGAAAGCUAAUGCAUUCUUUUGGUGUUUUGAGGAUUUUGUCACAUUUAAAUUUUCCAGUAGGCAGCUGAAGGAGGUCAUCGGGAGUUGUGCCACCUCUUCUUCCAUCAAAAAGCAGAGCUCCUGGAAAUACAGGAUUGUCGGGGUCUGAGAGCAGCUGAUUUAGCCCCAUCAGGAGUGACUGACCUUUUUCCUGCUCAUUUUGCAGUCUAAGUAAGUGUUGCCAUAACAGCCUUGUAAUAGGCUAUACUGUCAGUGCUAUAGAACAGGGGUUCCCAACCCAAUCCUCAAGGACCCCCUACCAGUCCAGGAUUUAUGGAUUACCCUGUUGUGUCUAAAGUGUGUUUUUUUUUUUUUUUUUUUUUAAACCUUAGACACAACUGGGUAAUCCCUAGAAUAGAUCCUGGACUGCUAGAUGUACUUGGGUUGGGAUCCACUGCCAUAGGACCAAAGAAUGCAUUGAUGACAAUACAGGUUCUUAACAGGUUAAAAUAAAUAACCUUACUACUACACUGCUUUUAAAUACAGACUGCAGAGAGAUUGUAAAAGCUUAUUAAAUUGUGAGUUGUAGAGCAGCAAACUGAAAUGUUUUAAGACAUUUUUCAGUGUUUGUUACAGUCAUUCUUAUUUGUGAAUGGUUUAGGAUGCUAUGUGCCCAUUCUAUUCCUGGGACACAGGAAUAAUGCAGGUGACUCACUUCUGGAUCUCCUGAUGCCGGAAAAACAACAACAACAAACCUUUCUUAUUUACAUAACAAUGUGUCCUAUAUAUGCCAAACUUCUGCUUCCUCUGGGUGGGUCUUUGUUUAACCAAUCCCUGCCCUCCCUAUCACAGGAGCAGUAGAGCAACUUUAUUUAUUCACAAAACACUGAAUUGCAAUUAAGCUAAAAUAGCAACGCUCUACCUGUAGUAGUUGAAGUUUGUUUUUGUUUUGUUUUUUUACCUAAAGUUUGAGUUUGCUAAUAUUUUAGUAUUUACUGUAUAAAUUCCAUUGUCUUUAUCUGUGUACAGGUUAUCUAUAACCCCUUCAUUGCAUUCAACUGGAAAGGGGCAUUAGAAAACGCUAGCUUAUUUAGUAAAUAUUGAUAAAUAAUGCCCAAAGCCUUUGGCCACAGGCUUUUUGAUAUUGCUGAGGCAGUGCUAGUUCUCUCUAAUUGUGUCUCAAAUAAAUGGUCGAGCUUUUUCUCAACUGGGCUUGUAUAAAGCCUUUUUAAGUACACAUGGAUUCAUAGAUUUUUAGCAGGAGUUGUGCUAUCAUCCCAUUUAAAUUAAAGGAUCACUAUAGGGCCAGGAACAUAAAUAUGUAUUCCUGACCAUAUAGUGCUGAACCCACAAUUCAGCACUAUAAGCUAGCCCCCCUAUAAAAGUGUAAAACUCACCUUUUUUCCAGCGCCGUGCUGGCUCCGUCCCCUUUUGAGACAUCAUCAAAAUCGCAGAUUUUUUGCCAAUCCAAUGCUUUCCCAUAGGGAAUCAGCACAGUGGCUGGGCCAAAUGCUAUUUUGGCCAAUUAGGACCUCCUCAUAGAGAUGCAUUGAAUCAGUGCAUCGCUGAGGAAAAUUCAACAUCUCCAUUCAGAGCAUGGGGACGCUUACUGUUCAGCCCUGAACCGAAAGCCCCUCUAGUGGCCACUUGGGUUUCCCAAGGGGGUAAUGUUAACACUGACUUUUCUCUGAAAAGGCAUGUUUACAUUAAAAUGUCUGAAAGGAGCUAUUAUACUCACCAGAACUACAUUAAGCUAUAGUUGUUCUGGUGACUAUAGUGUCCCUUGAAGCGUAAACCCUCAUCACAUUCAGCACAUUUACCAUACAUGCUACAGUUAUGUUACUUUGUAUGCGUCCAGCACAAUUAAUGUACAUUGGAUAAAAUAGAAGUCAAUAACUGACAGGUGUGUUCUUCUAUCACUAGGUUAUAUGCGACAGGAGAGGUGGACGGACGUGUUUGUCCUGCAAAGUAGCCCAAGGGGACUAUAAUUGUCCAAUAGGUGGUGAAUCUGGUAGUGCAUGUUCCAACUACUGAUGUCACAUAGAAGCUGCAGUUUCAUAA